AUGCCGUCUCUGAGCCAGUUUAUCGUAGCAGGGCUGGUCAUUGCGCUUCUCUACCGCAUCUGGCGCACCUUCUACUGCAUAUGCCUCUCUCCACUCCGCUCGUACCCCGGCCCCAAACUCUGGGCAUGCUCGAGGUUCCCCCUUCAGAGCGCGCUGAUUGGCGGACGUGGCCACCUACGCAUGUUAGAGCUGCACAAGCAGUAUGGUCCGGUAGUCCGCAUCGCGCCAGACACCCUGGCGUUCUUCACGGGGCAGUCCUUCUUGGAUAUAUACCAAAGGACUGGUUCACGGGCGUUCAAAAAGAACAGGAUCCAUUACACUCCACCUCCUAACGGCGUCGACAAUCUCGUUACAGCCCUUGACGAUCAAAAUCAUGCGCGUCAGCGGAAGUUGUGGGCCCCGGGGUUUACGGGAGAAGCACUCAAGAUGCAGGAACCACUGGUGAUGCACUAUGUCGACGCGCUCAUGCAGCGCUUAGACACCUUAUCCAGCUCAGGACCCGUCAGCAUCAACGACUGGUUUAACUCAACCAUCUUCGAUAUAGCUGGCGCAUUGAUCUUCGGGGAGGACUUCGCAUGCUUAUCCGAAGGCCGACUUCAUCCAUGGAUCGGUCUGUUGUUUAUCUCUAUCAAGACCUUGGUCUACACAUUCGCCGUCAAGUCGUAUCCCGAACUCGAAUGGCUGUUGAUGAAGAUGGUGCCCCGAAGCCUGCUUCGGAAGCAGAUGCAUCACUUCAACCUCACCGCUGCCAAGGUCGACCGACGAAUCGCCAUGGGCGCCGAGAAACCGGAUUUGAUGUCUGGGGUGCUGAAGAAUGGCUUUAGCGAAAAACAUGGACAAAAGCGCCCGCAGAAAGAGGACGUCUUGAGCAGGGAUGAACUCCAUGCGAAUGCGUAUAUCGUCCUUAUUGCUGGAGCCGAAACCACCGCAACUGCUCUCUGUGGUAUUGUAUUCUUCUUGUGCAAUUCUCCCAUCGCGAUGCAAACACUUGUCUCCGAAGUUCAUUCCGCGUUCGCUAGCGAAGGCGAUAUCACCUUCCAAUCUACCAGCAAAUUAUCGUACUUGAACGCGGUUAUUGAAGAAGGGCUACGCCUCUAUCCCCCUGUUGCGUCCGGCCUGAGUCGGCUUCCCCCUCCCGGAGGAGCAUAUGUCGAUGGUCAUUUUGUUCCAGAAGGCACGAACGUUUACACUCACCACUACGCCACCUACCGCUCACCUAGCAACUUCACCCUCCCUGAUGACUUCAUCCCGGAGCGCUGGCUCGGCACCGAUAAGCGUUUUGCGAAUGAUAAGCUGGAUGCCGUACACGCAUUCAGUCUUGGUCCACGAGGCUGCAUAGGCAAGAACCUUGCAUACGCGGAGAUGCGGCUCGUGCUCGCAAAGUUGUUUUUCCUUUUUACCAUUCAGCUGACACCUGGGUUCGACAACUGGAUUGACCAAAACGUCUACUUUUUUUGGGAGAAGAGAAAUCUGCCGGUUAACCUGAGGCAGAGAGUCCUCGACAUUCCGUCCUCUCAGAAUUAA